CGGGCCGUUUUCCACUCGGUGCCCUUAUCUAUUAAAAAAGAAAAUCACGAAUAUCACUGGGGAAAGAAAGACAGAAACGCAGGUAGAUUUGGAGAGGUCGCCCAGAGGAGAGCACACAGCCGCUUUCUGCUGGCGGAUCAGUCGGUAUCUACGGUGCAUGCACAGUAUCUCUGCCCCCGUGCGCGCGCGCGUGUGUGUGUUUACAAGUGUUUGAACGAGUGCCACGAACGAGGGAAGGACGAAAAAGCCGAGGAAGGAGGGAUGGUGGACAAUUCAAGCAGUAGUAAGGCACAAAUGCCCAGCAUGUCUCAGGAGCCUGGUGUGGCCUUUCCUCAGAGCACCUCUACAGGGGGGAUGAAGCUGGAGGCUGUAAUGGAGCAGCUCCAGCGCCAGCAGCAGGCCCGACUGGAAAUGGAGCGCAAGGAGAGGAAGCUGCGAGAGGCCCACAUCAUGUAUGCUCAGCAGGUCGCUGCCCAGCAGGCCAUCUUGGCAGCUGCCCGAGCUUCUGGGGCAGCCUUCAUGGGCAAAGGUCUGGCUGGAGGGGUCCCUAGUGGUGUGUUACCUCCGCGGGUCUCCAAUCAGAGCAGUGUGGACUCAGAAAGAGAGGAUGAUGAGGACAGAGGCCGUGAUUCUGGAGAUGAGGAUGAAGACAAUGAAAUGAUGGAGGGGGACGAGGGCAGUGAUGAGGACGAGGGAAGCGCCAGUGGUCUGGAGUUUCUCCGCAAGCAGACCCUCGCUUUGCAGCAGAGCGCGUCCCGCAUCCCGGCCCGUCCAUUUGGCAGUUACUCUGCGUCAGCCCCUCAGAGGGCUGCAUCCCCACCUAUCAGAGUGAAGCAGGAACCUGAUGAGGGCCUGUCUCCUGCGGGGCCUCACUCUGCUACCUCUCCUAACGGACAGGCCGACUGGGGCUUUGAUGAUCACUUCAGACAGAAUGGGAGUGCAGGCUGGGCAGAUGAGGCUGACAGUAGCAGAGGAAGAGGAGAGGCCUCCAGAGACUUUGCUAAGUUGUAUGAACUGGACAAUGACCCCAAACGGAAGGAGUUUUUGGAUGACCUCUUUACCUUCAUGCAGAAACGAGGAACCCCAGUCAAUCGUAUCCCCAUCAUGGCCAAGCAGGUCCUGGAUCUGUAUAUGCUGUACAAGCUGGUAACAGAGAAGGGAGGCCUGGUAGAGGUAAUCAACAAGAAGAUCUGGAGAGAAAUCACAAAGGGACUCAACCUGCCUACCUCCAUCACCAGUGCAGCUUUCACUCUGCGCACACAGUACAUGAAAUACCUGUACCCGUAUGAGUGCGAGAGGAAAGGCCUCAGCUCCCCAGGUGAGCUCCAGGCUGCCAUCGACAGUAACAGACGCGAGGGUCGCCGUCCGAGCUACAGCAGCAGCCUCUUCCGCUUCUCUCCCUCUCCCAGCACAGCUCCUCACAUCCUCUCACCUCCCAAAAUGCACCUUUCAGCUCUGGGGGCAGGGGCCUCGGGGGCCCUCAACGGCCUGCAGGCCUCACCAGGACCCUCUCUGAAGAAAGAUGACCUGACCCCCUCCAUCAUGGCAGCGAGACCCUCCAUGGCACUGGCCCUUGGUCACCAGCAGGUUGCAGGUUUGGCAAGAGCCGCCACUCUGGAGCAGCUGAGAGAAAAGCUGGAAACCAGUGGCGGAGGAGAGGGGCCCGAGAGGAAAAUGGCGCGCCUGGCAGAAGAGCAGCAGCGUCUGAUGCAGCAGGCUUUCCAACACAACUUGCUGGCUAUGGCUUCUCAGAUGCCCAUGAACCUGCGCCUGGGAGCCCCCACCAUCACCGCCAGAGAUGAGAAGCAGCAGGAUAUGUCUCUGAGCAUCUCAACCAAUGGAAAUGCCAGCAUCACUGUCUCAGUGGAUGUCAAUGGCACAACCUACUCAGGAACCCUGUUUGCUCAGAAGUCAGGUAUGGCCCCGGGGCCUGCUGUAUCAGCUGCUGCUGCUGCUGCUGCCACCUCAGCCUCCCCUGCUGGAACCAGCACUAGCUUUGGCUUCUCUGCACCCCUGGCUCAGACCCUCAGCCCUACGUCCUCCUCCUCCUCUAAGGGUCCCGGCUCGGCUGAGCCGACCCCCAGCGGGUCACCCUAACUCAGGCUGCCCUUUGUACCUGCGCCCCAGGCCUCUCUUCCACCGGGAGGCCCAGCAAGAAUAUACAGUACAAUGAGAAACCGAUAAGAAUAACAAACUGUUGCACAACAAAUACCUCAUCAACCCUGUCAACCUCUUGGCUGUCCAAUCAUGAACACAGAGCCCAAGAAUAUUAUAUGACAGCACGUGCCCAAACGCACAGCUAUGCAUUAUAUUCAACAUGCAAACACAUACACGCACUACACUACAAACACACAUAUACAGACACACAAUCUACACACACACACACACAAACACACACUUGUUAAUCCUAAUGUACAUGCUAAACACAAUCAGCUCAGCCAAAACCCACUGACAGGUGUAGUCACAACUGAACUUGAAAAGUUUUAUCUUAGGACAUUUUGUUUGUUUGUUGCCAUUUUGUCGUCUUUUUGAUUUUGUGUUUUAGAAUUAUUUUGUUUUUAGUUUUUCUCUUUUUACAUACCUCAAAUCAAGUAACCUGCAGUGGUGUCUUUACCUCAGGAGCUGUAGUAUAUUUAACCUGAAUCAACUUUAUUUUUAUAUUCUUUUUGACCUAGCUGCAAUCAGGGGAAGUCGGGUAACUCACCAGUGGAACCUCAAGUACAGAGCACCCACCUCACAGCGACAGGCCUCCAACCCGGGCCGCUCAGGUUUCUUCAGCACACUGUAGACUCUUGCUGAGCUCAGACUGGUGAACGAUAAGAUGCUGUAGAUCAGCACAUUGAAUACAUCAUUUCACAACUCUGCCCUCGGCUCAGUAAAUCUCUCAUGUUGGUUGGAAGGUUAACGAUGUACGCAAACCUCUCAAUAUGGACGUGAUUUAAACAAACUGUAAACUCUCACUGGCGAUGCACAGGAUUUUUAUGUCCGCUUAUAAUUCAACUUAUAGCAAGUCCGCACAAGCUGUCUUUAAACACGUAGCGCACAAAUUUGAGGGAACAGCAACUUAAAUCCAUCCACAGCAAGCCAAGCAGACCCUGAGCUCAUUUCUCCACCCGUGUAUGUUACAGAGAGGUAGUACAGAACCAGGUUUGAAUUGUUGUGUCCCAUUUUGUUUGCGCAUCCUCCCUCCAGCCACAGAACCUCAAUCUGACGGCGGUCAUCGUCAACGUGUAGUUCUCAGACCUCACACUGGCCUCUCUGCUCUGGGGGUGGGGGGGGCGUUUCUCUCAGGAAGUAACGUGACAGCUGCAAGGAAUCACUGUUAAUUUAAAGAAAAGAAGGGAUUCACAACUGAAGAAUGGACAAGUCUACAUGACUGUCCCAAGAAUACCUCAUGAGCCUCUCCCACAAGGAGAGCUACACUACAUACCUCAAACGGCUAAAAAGCCAUCAAGACUUGACGCCGUGACCCGUGAUGGAGAUCCCACCUGAACUGACACGAACGUACUGACACACUGCUGGUGGUUUUUGGGGACAAACAGAACUGGGAUGGUCUUGCUAUCUCUCUCCUCCUGUGUUCACUUGUAUAACUUGUUUUAUGCUUGCUUCCAUUUACUUUCCUUUUCUUUUUUUGUUUUGGUUCCUGAAUUUGUCGGAGAAGAGUGAUAUAUCUGCUUUUAUUUUUCAGGGAUGAGGAAAAAUUAGCUCCUCACUGACACAUGUAGAUUUGUAGGAUUGUCAACAGGUUUCAAGGUCAUGGGGGACAAAAUAUUAAAAACAAUCGACCGUGUUAACCUUAUAUUAUACCGCAGAGAGCUAAUCUCUUUCUUUUUUAUUUUAACGACAGCAGCAAAAUGAUAUGCAUGUAUACAAUCAAGUGACCAGUGUAUUAACGUCUUCUGGUUCACGUUAGCCGCUAGUAAUUGCACAGCUAGAUACCAAAGACUAGCCAGGUCUCUCCUCUUGAUUGAUCCCUCGUACAAUCCUGCCCCCCACAUGCCGAGGCGCAAGGCAGUUCAAAGUCUGUUUUGAACUGCUAAAAAACGUUGCAUCUAAUCUCAUUUAAUCUGAUUUUGAGUUUUGUCCUAAAGCUUGUUUUCAUGUUUCAUGGUAAGACAUGAUUACUGGGAGGCUACAAUGGACAAAAGUCAAUUUAUGAGUAGCUCUUAAGACUCAAAAUCUGAUUACAUGACAUGUACAGACAUUUUUAGAUAUUUAAGUUUUGGUAUCCAGAGCAGUAACCCAGGUGCUUUGGCUUCCCUGUGCUGUCUCCCUUAUUUAAUUCUUUAGACUUUUGGGCUCUUGGGGCUGUUUUUUAACGUCAAGUCUGGAUGCAUGCCCGCUCAGCCAGUGCAGACAGAGGCCCCUUUUAUGAAAACACCCACUUCCUGAUAAUCCAGAAACAGAUGGAUUAUCGCUUGGAUUGUAAGGUAUUUUUUUUUCCCUUUAAAGUUUUAGCAUUUUGAAAUACCACAAAGGAUGAAAAUGCAUUUUCUAGCUUUAUCUGUGUUUAAUGUGAGGCAUUUUAACUGUUUAGAAACCUCUAUAAGCCCAGUGAGACCUGAGGUGGGCAGCCUUGUUGCUUUUAUUAGACUGUAUUGUAGCCAUUACGUGUCAGCUUUUGCGGAUGUUUUGCAGUGCAGAUCACAGUUGAGGGUUCGAAGGUGCUGGAAAUCCUCUUGGAUAUACCAUUUAGAACCCUGUAUGACACAGAACUGUAUAUUUUUAAAGGUGAGAACUGUAGAUGCUGCCUUAAAGUAGUUGCUGGUGAGAUCCCGCCAGUGCAGUUUGGCUGGGAAAAUGUUUUUCUCUUCAAGCUUAAUCCUUUGGAGAGGUAAACAAUUCAAUCAGACCAUAGACACCAGUUGUCAUUCAUACUGUUGGUAACAACUGAUUUUGCUAUUUAUUUUAGUUUUGGUUUUUUUUGUCUGUUUUUAGUAACGGUAUAGCUUAAUCCGCUAGGCUGUGUUGCUGAAACAUUUUCUUGUUUCUAAGUCCAGGCUUUCUGUUUCAUCUGCUUAGUCUAAGCAAUGACUGUUUAGUGUAGCUUCACUGCCUUUGUGUGUGUGUGUGUGUGUGUGUGUGUGUGUGUGUGUGUAUAAGCAGGUUCAGUGUAUACAGUAUGUGGUUACAGCUCUACCAUGUGGACAUACAUGUGUAAUACCAUUAUUGAUACUGCAGGUGGCGCCAUUGCCACAUUUACUACAUCACAGGUUUAGGUGAUUGCUUAAACGUGUUUUUGAAGAUAGUUUUUAUACUGGGAACAGCCCAUUGCACCCACAGUCAUCCUCUGCUGUAGAGUGGCACUUUGCUGUUCAUUGUUUCGGGAGUGGAAAGUGUUGAGGGUUGGUCAUACACUUCUCUCUGAUCUAAGCAACCUUUUGGUCAUCUCGCUAACCUCAGGCCUCCUGCCACAUGAUUUGCUGUGUGGAUGAAUAUAUGAGGUGUUGUGCCUGUGAGCCUGAAUCUGUCUCUGUGUGUGUGUGUGUGUGUGUGUGUGUGUGUGUGUGUGUGU